AUGGCCCUGAGCAAUCCAACAUCAAUCCAGCCCCAACAACGCAAGGAUACUGUAGUACUCAAGCGCAGACUGGCAGAGCAUCUUGGAGAUUCAGCAGAGAAGGUCUAUUGGAGUCUUUUGAGCCAAUUCCUCCUUGGCCGAAUCGCAAAGGGCGAUUUGGACAGAGAGCUCAAACAUAUCCUCAAUGAAGAUGCUGCGCUGAUACACAACCAACUUCUCAUGGCCGUGCUGCACAAUGCCCAAAAGGAUGUUCCUGCUCCUACUUUGCCAUCUGCACCUCACGAACCCAUAUCUGUAAACGAAAUACACAUCUCUACUGCUAAAAGGAAGGCUAAAGAUGCUUUAUCUAACGACGCGGUCAAGAGGCGGCAUGUCAGUCGGCUGGUAUCGACUCUGGAUGCUGAAGACCGAAAGCGACUGAGAAAUCUAGGUGAACAUCUCAAUAUAACCAAUGGCAGACGUAUGAAGAAUCAUAUACUUCCUUGGGAGAUACCGGAAGCGUCUACUCUGCUCACCAAUGCUGCUGAACCAAGAGAUCCGACGCCUAAAUGUAUAGAAGAGCUCGACUUACCGUCUAUAGAUACUUUACAGUCACGUAUGGAUUUCCAUGCCAAACAGAACGGACUGGCGCAAGGUGUUGCCCCGGAGGGAAUCGAGUAUCUAUCGCAGGCAGUUGAUAACUUUAUCAAGGACAUAAUUACACGAACCUUGAGCAAAGUCAGACCUGUUAAACCACCGUCAAUGAAUGAAGAGUCACUACUACCACAUCUUCAAACCAUGUCCGAUACGACUUCAGCAGCAUCUUCAGAACUACCAGUUGGCUCUCCUUCGCCAAUAUGGACUAAUAAACACCCGCCGAAACUCUUGAACAAUGUAAAGACUCCCGUGCUACGAUAUAAUGGCACCACAGAAGUACCGAAUAAUAAGAGUCCGGGACGAACGAGCAAUCAUCAUAAUCCAUCUGCAGGACUUGGUAUCAAUGGUAUACAUUCCAUGUCGAAUGGUCCUACCUCGUUAAAUAGUAAUACUUCACCAGCACGGUCGAAAUCACCAUCUAGGCCUGCAUCAAACGUAAAAGCUGACAGUGGAGGUUAUGUGGCAUCAUCAACAGCAACAACAAUAGCACCAGCAGCAGCAACAACAUCACAACCACCGGCGUCAUCCAAGUCGAAUGAACCGCAAUUCGUGACUCCAAACCUCCGUGUAAUAUAUAACCGACCAAAGCACAUAUCACUGCUUGAUUUAUCAUUUGCUACUGAUCUAGAGCCGAGUCUAAUGUCGCAAACGAAACGGGCGAUAGAAAUCCGAGAGUCAGUCGCUGCUCGUAACGAAGACUUUGAUGAAGAUGAUGACGACGAUUGGGAGCCACAGCAGCAAAUUAGGAUUCAAAACAAUAACAAGAUGGACACUGAGUAA